AAAGAAAUACUCCGACACUAUUUACGGUUUGACCUCCAACUGAAUCUAAAAUCCCAAAACGUUAUCUUAAACCCCAGGGAGCCGCCAUGAGCGCCACCCUGUUCUUCCUCUCACCACCACCCCGCACUUUUCCAACUAUAUGCCCAAUUUCGUCACUACAACCCAUCCGCACUGUCGCCUUCUCCUCCUUAUCCCUCAAACCAUCACUUAAAAUACCCAGACGAGACUUCAGGAUCUUCUCCGAUGACGGAGAUGCCGGGGGAGACGCUGACGGUGGCGGAGAUGGCGACGCAGACGGUGGUGGAGAAGCAGACCGCGACGAUAUGGACGAAGAAGAAGCGGAUGAGAGUGACAACAAGAGAGAUUACGAUGUCGAGUACGAGGCUCUUGUCGCCGCUUCGCGAGGCGGUGGUGAGGAAGGAAUGGCGAUGGUACAGAGUAAGAACUUCGUGUCAACUCAGGGGUGGAAUUCGGAGGUGGUUGUGGAUUAUAGAAUAAACGAGGAUGAAUUUCAUAAGAUCAGUUUGAUGGAUUGUGAUUUUUUCAUCCGGAAACCACCUGAUCCUGAUAAUGAUGUCUACGAUUUCCGAGAGAUGUAUGUGACAGAACCAGAUACUGAUAUCUAUGCAAUUCCAAGAGUUCUUGCACCAAUGCCAGAGAAGUAUAUCAGAUGUGCAAAGAGUGAUUGGGGGACCUACAAUGUCACGGAACCACCUAUUGAUGCACUUAGAGAUCCUAUGUACAAAUCAGAGUGGGAGGUUAUGAAGGUGUUUUUGACGAAGCAUUACAGGAAUCGGCGGUUGGAUGAUCCUGAUUUUGUGCUAGACUUUGAAGAGAUUUAUGUCAUUGAUUCAAAAACAAAGUCGAUAACUCGGGCAAGAGUUUUGGUAACGGUUCCUGAAGGAAGAGACAGAGAUAGAAAGAACGAUUUUCUUGUUAUACGGGAUAAUGCAACUUCAUUCACAAUAAUCCCCUCGGAGGAGAGAGAUGAUCCAACGACUGUAGUACAUAGGGAAGAGUGGGACAAGGACAGAAAGGACAUGGAAAGACAUCUCAGCAAGCUGCGUGAUUUCAAUGUUUCAAAUUGGUUCUAGUUUUCUGUUUCUCGAUAGGUGCUGGAUUUUGUACAACACGGGCCUUUCGGUUGCGGGUAUAACGGUUUCCGACUUGUAUUAUUACUUGGCUUUCCAUCGAUUAGAGGUGUCAUGUUCAUGUGUAGGUAACUUUUUAUAUCAAAAUAGUGAAACAAGUAUGAGCCCAGUGUUUGGUUCAUUAUUUAUCUCCAACUGCAUAUUUUGCUCACUAGGG